AAUAUAAACAAUGAAUACACUCGUUGUCUUUAUUAGGAUUUUUCUUAGACUACAAUACUUGUAUUACAUGCUGAGAAUAACAGUCUAGGUUAAAUUGUUUUUGUUUAAAUGUGUUGGAACUAUCCAAACUAACCACAUUCAGGCAUCGCAGAGCAGCAUAUUGCCAAAUACAACGGAGCAGUGACAUUUUCACUCCGAAUAAGUAAUACGAUAGAAAAGAUGUACGUGAUGUGUGUGAAAAUGAACAUCAUCAACAUUUUUAAACAUCCAUCAUUCCAUUUUUCUUUACAAUUUUUCCUAUUCAGGGUCGAGUUGGACCCUCUCCCACCAAAACGCAUUGAGCACUCCAUAUUGGUUGCCAGUCAGUCGCAGGGCACCAACAGAGACAGAUAACCACUCUCACUCAUAGUCAAGCAUAUGCAGUACAACAUGUGCCUGUAUGAGAAAAUACAUGCUGUAAUUAAAGUUCAUCCCAAACAGAACACAGCCUCUAAAUAAUUGGAUGAAAAAAAAAUAUGUUAAUGAUCCUAAUAACUGGUUUAAACAUGUGAAAGAGGGGGCAGGCACAAGUUGUUAAUGAGCGUGCUUAGAGCGGAGGAUGAGGUGAGGAGGAUUGGAGGUGUGGCUAACUUCAACUGGAAUUCCCCUGAACUCACCUGAGACCACCCCCGCCCUUGAACAAGAGUAUUAAAACUUGGAAGAGACUGAAUGAGGCAGCAGGUGCAUCUUUGGCAAAGAGGGAGAGGUUACACAGAAACCCGGCAGACAAGAUAUCAAGAAGAAACCCCCAAAAUACAUAUUUGUCGUAUUCUCUUGGAUCAUAGUUGUUUUACAUCAUCCUGUGGAUCUAACCAGCUCUUUUCCAUGGCAUCUCAGUGCCUCAGCAGUGUGCUGACAAAUGCGAACCUCACCAUGUACCAGAAUGGUGUUCCUGAUGUUCUGCCCCAUCAACCCAUCAUCAACACCCAGCAGAACGGCAACCUCAGCUAUAGCUCCAACACUGGUCUGUGGUAUGGUCAGAUGAAUCCCCUCUUUUGGACAGCUGAAAACGUUAUGGAGUGGAUCAGCGCCCAUGCCGACAGCACCAAGUUUGAUGCAAGUACCCUGAUUCUGUCCUACUGUGCCAUGGACGGUCACACCUUCUGCCAGAUGAACCUAGACCAGAUGAUCAUGGUGUUUGGACCUCAGCUUGGCCCGCACCUCCACCAAAACCUGCAAGAACUAAAAGCUAAAUAUGAACUGACGAGUCUAUCAGGACCAGAGCUAAAUGAGACCUGCCAGCUACUGGAUAGGUUCCUACACAACCUAAACCUACCAGACAACCUAACCUUUCCAUUGAUCAGCACUGUCAAAUUUGGUCAAGGUCCAGACGCAGUUAGCAAAAUGGAGUUUGACAGCGAUGAUAAUUAUGAUCUGCUCAGCCUGACCAUGGGGGCCGUGACACCUCUGCAAGACGAGUAUCUGUCUGAUAAUCUGUCUGAUAGCGAGUGCAGCUCCUCAUCCAAUAGUGGUCUGUUCGGCUUCUCAAACCUUGGCUCACCAGAGUCUGUCAGUGGAGAAUCUGACCCAGAGUUCUCCUACCCCGUGAUUUCAAAGACGCUGAUUAAGAAGGAGAGAACAGAGUCACAAAUUAAACGACCUCGGGGGCGACCACCUAAAGUCAGCAGAGAACACAGCAAUAUUUAUGACCCGUCAAAGAAGAACAAACAUGCACCUCGGGGCACUCAUCUUUGGGAGUUUAUCAGGGAUAUUCUGAUCCACCCAGAGAAGAACCAAGGCCUAAUGAAGUGGGAAGAUCGCCGUGAGGGUGUUUUUAAGUUCCUGAAGUCUGAGGCUGUGGCUCAGAUGUGGGGACAGAAGAAGAAGAACAGCAGCAUGACGUAUGAGAAACUCAGCCGUGCUAUGAGGUAUUACUACAAACGGGAAAUCUUGGAGCGGGUUGAUGGACGGCGGCUGGUAUACAAGUUCGGAAAGAAUUCCAGCGGGUGGAAAGUUGAAGAGAUUGGAAUAAGCAUGUGAAGUUUCAUUUUCCAUGGCAGUUGAAAUGAAAAGGCCAAAGUAGUUCAGAACUUGAAUUACCUGCUUAUCCUGUCAAGGAGAAAAUCUUGCUGCCCAAAUUUUAAGACACUAACUUCCUUUUUGACGGAAGGUGUUCCAGAAAAUGUCUGCCAAUGAUUUUGGCUCUAGUAGGUUUUAUGAACCAAUUUUAAUGUAACUUUGUUGUGUGAUUGAUUGUCAUCACAGAGAUGUUUGAAGUAACCGAAAUGGAUAUUGUUUUUUCUCUUGCAUUUAGUCAUGUUUCAAGACUCUAAAUGUGUUGUUUUCCAUGUUUAUAACUGGAGAAUCUGCCUUCUAUUAAAUUCCCUUAUGUUAAACUUAUAGCAAAGAAAACUGUUAAUGAAAAAAAUUAAGUAAAAACAUAAGCUUGUUGCAAUGUGUAGCUGGGAUAGCUGCAGCGCACUUGCCACCCUAAUGAGAACAAGUGGCAUAGAAAAUGGAUGCAAUGAGUCUAGCGAUGUGCACUACUGUACGUCUUUUGGUAUCACUUAUUAUAAAGUGCUUUACACAAUGUUUUAAAUAGAAAAUAACUGGUAAUUAUAUCACACAAUUUCUAUGGGGCUAAUCUUCCAUAAAAAAAGAAUCUGUCAUAUGGUACAAUUUUGAUCAUUGUCAUAGAGUGAUUCAUCCACCGAACCUGUACUAUAAGGGGCAAACUUUUUCAUAUAUUGUCUCUUGAUGAAUGGAAUUUUGUAUUUAUAUCAUGUAUAUAUAUGUAUAUAUAUUAUUUUUUUUCUUUUUUUUCUUAAAGCUGUCAAUGAGCAGAAGAAUGAAAAUAAUGAAUGCUUGAAUGAAUUAAAUGAUUGCCUGAUUUGUUGACAACUAA